GCUCCCCUCUGAGCGUUAUUCGGUGCGCGCCGCCUGAAAGCGCUCCCCUGAACUCUCUCUAAAACUCCGUUAAAGCUCGAGGAAGCGCCGGCAGGGAACGUGCACGGACUGUGUAGGUGCCCUUCUGGCCUGAAAGGCAGCCGCACGCACGUUGCGUUGGGAAGCCAGGUGUGAAUUACGGCGCGGGAGAGGAGUAGUGAGGCAGGUUGCCAUGGCUCGGCUGAUAGAAGGUGGACUAAGAAGAGUACGAGCUGCAAGAAGGCUGCACCAUGCAUCAGGGUACCAGAGGUCUUUGAAGAGUCAUUUGUGAUGUUUCAAUUCAGCAAAGCAAGGACUUUGAGUGUUCCAGUUCUGUCACAAAGAUAUGAAUGGUCCUGAGAUAGAUGAAGAAUGUAAAUAAGCUUCUAGACCAAAGCGUGAUACAAAGACAGUGAAGAUGAGAAUUCAGACAGCAGCUCCAGACUCCAGAGGACUGCAAGUUUUGGCGAUGAAGCAUCCUGUAAAAAACGAGAGGAUUAUCUGGAAUGGCCUGAAUAUUUUAUGGCAGUCGCAUUUUUGUCAGCGCAGAGAAGCAAGGACCCAAGUUCUCAGGUUGGUGCCUGUAUUGUAAAUUCAGAAAACAAGAUUGUUGGAAUUGGGUACAAUGGGAUGCCUAAUGGCUGCAGUGAUGAUGCACUACCUUGGACAAGAACAGCAGCACAUAGAUUAGACACAAAGUAUCCUUACGUGUGCCAUGCUGAACUGAAUGCCAUCAUGAACAAAAACUCAGCCGAUGUGAAAGGGUGCAGCAUGUAUGUUGCCUUAUUUCCAUGUAAUGAAUGUGCAAAGCUCAUCAUCCAGGCAGGCAUAAAGGAAGUGAUUUAUAUGUCUGACAAGUAUCAUGACUCUAUUGAAAUGACGGCUGCACGGCGGAUGUUUGAUUUAGCUGGUAUUGUAUACAGGGAAUUCAAGCCAAAAUGUAACAAGAUCAUCAUCGACUUUGAUUCAAUUAACAGCAGACCAAGUCAAAAACUUCUGUGAAUUAAGUCCCAUUAUAUCUCUAGAAGACUGUGAUUAUCCUUCUCUAAAAAGCUGCUAAUGCCUUUCAUCUUGAAGUUACUUGCAACUUUUUAAUGGCUUCUACAGUAAAGUAGACUUCUAAGAAAUGUAAGGCAUAAAAUGUUCCUCUCACUUCAUCUUGUCAUGUGGAAUCUAAAUCAACUUAAAAUUUUUAAUGCCUUUAUCAAAUCUGCUUUAAAAGUCUAGGAAUGUAGAUGAGACAAUAUAAUCCCUGUACAGAAAACUGUUCUGGUUCUUGCUGCAUUCAUCACCACAUGCUCUGAUUGGCUGUCAGCACUGAGUUAGAGUCAGUUAAACAGCAGUUCUUAUAGUAACCAGUAGUACAUUCAAAUAUGCUAAUAUAUGUUGAUCUCUCUAUUGGAUGUGUGGAUCUAAAUAGCUGAUCCUAAUAAAUGACAAAAUGUGUUAUCCAUACAAAUACCAAUCUUCUAACUUGCAUAACACUAGUGUUUUAAAAGGUUAUACAGAUUAAAGUAUAUAUUGUAUUUUACAUGUGUUACCCAACAAAAGGAAGUUGAUUUUUCUAUUAACUGCUAUCUAAUACUUUUAUACUUGUGCAGUGGUGAGACAGGAAAUUGUUCUGAGAAUGGUCGAUGCUGGAGCAAGCUUUAGAGACCUUUCAAUUCUUUUUUUUUUUCCACCAAGACUCCAGAAUGGAAGGGGUUAGAGGGAGUAUAUCAUUUCUCUCUUACUUUUGGGACACCUAUUUGGAGUUGGUUUUCAGGUAUAGAAGGAAAUUAGUUGAUUGGUCUAAGUUCAUUCUAGACGAUCCAAUACAAUUCAGUCUUAAAAUUAACCUGUAAGAUAACUCAAUCAUUUUUUGCCCUUUGAGAGAAAUUGGAGAUACUCAACCCAUAUCCACAUCUGAGCCAAAAGAGGUAAUUAUUAUGGUGUUAGCUUGUUUCUCAGUGCUGGCAUAGUACUUUCAUUUCUUAAAUGUUGCCUAAAAUAAUAUCCUUUUUAAUUUUAUUUUGAGAUCUGGGAAUAUAUUUUGUGUUCAUUUUCUCUAAUUUGAUUUUUUUCAAAUUAAAUAUGCCUAAUGGCUUUGUUUUAGAUUUUUUUUUUUCUUCUGAAAUGUGGUUAUACUUCAGUGAGCUUCUAUUUUCUCUGAAAAAGCUUUGUUUCAUAUUUUGGGACGUUAUGCAAUUUGGCUUCAUACCAGUAUUAUUAAAGUCUUAUUAAAAUCUACUACAUUGAAGUAGACUCGUUAUUAUAAUUUUAAGCCAUGUGCUUGGUUCCAGAGUGCUUCUGCUUUUGCAAUCAUAUGCAAAGCAUAUUUUGUGUGUUUGUGAUAUUGCAUAAAGUGUAAUGUUCGUGAAACAUUUGGCUACUAAAGGGAGCACUGUAAUGUAUUAUAAGAUUUGCCCAUUUAUAACGUAAUUUCUGAUAUUCUCUUUUUUUUGUCUAUACAACUGCUUUCCACCUCAGAAUUGUUCUGUGGCUCAUUGCCAGAAGAAAUUUGCACAUAUGUGGAGGGUGAGGGUGAAAAAUGAAACAUUACAUUAAUAAAAUAUCACUAAAACA